AUGUUUUUAAGAACUUCGGUACCCGUUUACAGGACGACCCUCCUCCCUAGGAAUGCUUUUAACGUUGCAGGCAACCAAACGAGACAUCUUAUGGGAUUUGUGAGGAAUGCGCUUGGCUUAGAUCCACCAACGUCACCAGAUGAUCCUACGCCAGAAAAUAGAUUUCAUCCAUGGGACCAAUCUCCAUCUCCCGAUUUAAGAGAAAGAGCUGCUAGAAUUAGAACACUGGCUCGUUGCCCAGUGACAGGUAAAGAGAUCAAUUAUACGUGUCCAAUAUCGGGGAUCCCAACACAUCAUUCCAGAGAAGCGUGGGAACAGGAUAAAGAGUAUCAUGCUUCUAAGAGGUAUGAAUUAUUGAAAAAAGUUAAUAUUUAUGAACAUGAUUUAAGAAGUGGCAGACCGUUCCCGGAAUUUGAUUUCCCCCGUGACCAAGGUCAAGAUCGUAUGGUUAACAUGACCAAUUGGGAUCUUUUCCUUUACACGAGAGCAUUCUAUUCGAUGGAUACAGAAUUUCAAAUGGCUGCUGUGACCAAGAUGUUAAGUUAUCCAAUCACUAUUGGAUCAGUACUUCAUCAAUUCUCGCCAUACUCUUUACAACCAAAGGGCCCCAUUUCAUUAGAAGGUCUUAAGUCUUUGGCCGCCUUAAGGUACACAUUAUAUCCAAUGCAAAAUAGGUUAGUCAUAAGUACUACCAAAGCACGUCCAAUGAGAAUCUUCAUAUUAGGUGCCAGAGCUGAAUCACAACUUCCUGGUCACGUCUGGAAACAAUUACAAUAUUUGUUCCCUGAGCAAACUUUUGAAAUCCAUUUUAUUGGUCCUGAGUCAUAUUAUGAUAAAGAUAAAAAGAAAUAUAUUCAAUUAACAACUCCAAUUACAGAAAGUGUGGAUGAGACUUUAAAACUGAUUUAUCAUACAGAAUAUUUCCACAAGUUACAUGAAGCGCAAGAUUUCUUCCCAUAUGAUCCAUAUAUGGAUGUGUUCUUCAUCUUCCACCCAGGGUUCGCUUCUGCCGAAAUAGGCGAACAUUGGAUGAAAGACACCAUGAAGGGAUUACUAGACACCAAGUGUGCCAUUUUUACCACUGGAUUUACGAAAAAUGAUUUACUUGAAGAUAUUGCAGUAGUGCAGGAUAAAUAUGGAAAGGAAUUGGACAUACUAAUGAAACCCACCAAGAACGUCUUUGGUAGCACCAAAUGGGAACUUAAUGACAUGAAUCCUCAAGAAGUGUAUCAAUUCAACAUGUAUAUAGCAGGAUUUAGAGGUAAGAGAUAUCCAACCAUUAAGAGGUGA